AUACGUGUGGUGCUGCCAAUGCUACUGCGGAAAAACUCCUUCUAUUCAAGUUGGAGAAUUGAGCAAUCAAACAGUAUUUUUUCCAUACCCAGUCAAAGAACAUUGACAAAAUGCCAUACGCCGUGCAAUACGUAUCCACAAGCGAUGCACCAGGUCUAGCAGAGGCGAUGAUGAGCGCCUGGUGGCAAGAUGAACACUGGAAAUUUCUAUGGGCAAAAAGCAACACGACGCUUGAGCAAAUAAUUUCUGAUUGCAGUGAGCGCUUGCCAUGGAACUUCAUCAGCGGCCGGAGCGUCAAACGGCACCUCAAAGUUGUUGAUACAGAUUCUGGAGAGAUAGUAGCGUAUUCGCGAUAUAUUUUACCCGAGACCCAUACCGAGAUAUGGCCCGAAGCGCAGAUUUCGGAACCUAGUUCUGAGGAAUUGGCGGAAUAUGAAAGAAAGUUUAAGAGUGUCACAGACAAUGGAAAGAUAAGAGGAAUGGAUUAUGCGUUUGCGUCGGAGUUCGGGAAUCCUCUUGCAGAAGUGGAGGAAGAGAUUUUGAAGGAUAGUGGUUCUUGUUUUGCUGUGGAUUACAUGACGACCCAUCCUGCUCAUCAACAUCAUGGAGUAGCAUCGAUGAUGUUGAAUCAAGCUCUCAAAGUUGUAGAUAAAGCGGGCUUGAAAUCAAUUGUAAUGGCAAGUCCGGCUGGUCAAAGAUUGUACGAGGGACAUGGCUUUCAAUUCGUGCGCACUCUUGUUCAGGAUGAUUCUAGAUACGGAACUACAUCGCCCUACGUUCAUUCUUGGCUUAUUAGACCAUCUCCUAAGUAGAAUCACGAAAUAAUAACGAGGAAUCGCCACUGAUGUAUUCUAGUGUUGCAAAGUGAUAUCGGAAUUCUUUUUCAAUGGUAGCUUCUGAUUUUGAUAAUAGGUAGAUAGAAAUUUGGAAGAAAUGCAAAAACAUCAGUGUUCUGCAUCUUGAUACUGAUAGCCAGUUCAAUUCAACGACUGGAUAACUCAAGCAUACCCUACAUCUUCAUUGUUAAUCUCACUCAACCUUACACAUGGAUUAUACAACAUCCUGAUCCAGGUGUUCAUUACUUCGCCAUUUCCCCAUUCUCCAUUCUCAUACCUGCCUAUCAGGUUCUCACAAUGAUCCCUGUGGUAAUCCCUUGCGAUUUCCUGCGGAACAAGAAUAUCAUCAUUUCCCACCGCUCGCGCUAUUAUUUUCAUCGUGUACACGCAGUGCUGAUAAUGAUAAUUUAUUUGAGUCCACGUCUCGACAGAUCGCUUGAGAACCUCAACAUCCUGUGGCAAUGCAAGCGUGAGGUUUUCUCCAAUAUACCAUGGCCAUGGUCCAGUGGCCAGCGCUUCUUCGUACAAGUCUUGGUAGAAACACUCUGGAGCCGUGAAACCGUAGUUCAUCAGAUCAAAAACGCAACCGUAUUGCUCGGCUUGGCUUGGAAAACUUCCACAUCUUUUAGUUCCUCCUAAUUCAGGCGAAGGCCCUUCACCCGCAUCGACAAAAUCGGGUUGAAGAGAGUUCUGUUGCGAC